AUGUAUACUUGUUUUGCGGAAGAACUAGUUGGAACUGGAAUUGUGAUCUUUAAAUCAACCGAGAAUAAUGUACCAUCUGUUAUAAUGCUGACAGCUUUUCAUAUAGUGGUACCUCAAUUGGAUAUAAGCUUUAUAUUAUUCGUGAUUAUUGCCUCUUCGACGACAUUUAUAGCAGCUUCAUUGUUGCUUACCUAUUAUUCAUUUAUUAAUUGUCAACAAAUAAUUAAAAUCGUAUUCGGUUUAGUCUUAUAUAGCAUUGUUUGCUCAUGUAUAAUCUACAUUUUUAUGUUAAUGAUUUAUCCGUUUAUUUCCGAUUCAUCAUUUCGAAUAACUGUAAUAUCCAAUGAAAAAACUCAUUUGAAUUUGAGAUCACCACGAAUGGAUUGUCAAUUAAUAUCAUCGAAAUUAUCAUUGUCGAACGCUUGGAAAGAUGAUAUAGGUAUCAUCAAAUGUACCAAUAUUGAAACAGAUAUUUUUCAGUAUUUCGAAAUAUGUCAACCCAAAUUAAAUAAGAAUCCAAAAAUACCAUAUUCAUCAUCUAUCAAUGUUAUUGGUUAUGUUGGUCGUCCACCAACAGCUUUUGAUUUAAUUGUUGAUCCAUUUUUUACUUCAUUGUCAUCAUUAAUGGCCGUUAAUACAAUAAAUGGAAAAACACCGGGAAAUUUGCUCGUUAAUAAAAAAUUUAUGAAUUGCACAGGUGAAUUGCGCCUUACAGAUGAUCGAAAAUUAUUCAUUGACACUCCGUCUACUUACGGAUUUAGCGGAGGACCAUGUUUUCUAUCAACUAGCAAAAAUGAAUGGGAAUUCAGCGGCAUUCUUACAGGUGCUUCUAAAUUAUGGAACGCUUGCACGGCUUUACAACACUCAAAUAUCUUUAAACAUUACUACAACGAAAUCACUAAAAGGAAGAAAACAGACAAUCCAUAUAAUGAAUUGUAA